AGCCCACGCCCAUUGGCCGCCCCGCCCCAUGUGUGCUAUUCGAUUGGCUGUGGCGGCCCGGCCCGGUAUCCGGGUAAGAUGGCUGCAGUCGGAGAGUGCUCGCGCCCUGUUCCCUGGAAGUCGGCUUCCCUCACUCACGUCGAGUAUCCAGCAGGCGACUUCCCUGGCCAUCUCCUCGCCUACGUGAGCCUGAGCCCCAUUUUCAUCAUCGUCAGCUUCGUCACGCUGAUAGUCUUCAAGAGAGAGCUUCACACGAUCUCGUUCUUGGGGGGGCUGCUUGUCAAUGAAGGUGUGAAUUGGCUAAUAAAGAAUAUUAUCCAGGAGCCUCGGCCUUAUGCAGAAAUCCAUACGUCGGAGCACACCAAGUACGCAAUGCCUUCUGGCCACUCCCAGUUCAUGUGGUUUUUCUCUGUCUACUCCUUCCUCUUCCUCUAUUUAAGAAUGCACCAAACAAACAAUGCCAGGUUCCUGGACUUACUGUGGAGACAUGUGCUAUCCCUCGGCCUCUUAACAGUGGCCUUUCUAGUCUCAUACAGUAGGGUCUAUCUGCUGUACCACACCUGGAGCCAAGUCGUCUACGGAGGGGUUGUGGGGAGCAUCAUGGCUGUCGUCUGGUUCAUCUUCACGCAGGAGAUCUUAACGCCGCUCUUUCCGAGGAUAGCUGCGUGGCCGUUGUCAGAGUUCUUCUUAAUCCGAGACACCAGCCUCAUCCCAAAUAUCCUAUGGUUCGAAUACACAGUCACCAGAGCAGAAGCAAGGAACCGACAGCGUAAGCUUGGUACGAAGCUCCAGUGAACUUGGGAAGCUCAAUAACUGGACUGCACGGUUCUAUAACACGGAGAAGGGCCAGAAUCGAGACCUGUACAGAGCUGAGAGCGACGGGAGGAGCCUUUUACGAGACGGACCAAAGGGACCAGGCAGGGACCACAAACCGGACAACCAGAGGCCUUUGCCAGAUUGCUGGAGAUUCCCUGCUGCAUGUUGAGGAACGUUUGGGAGCAGAACCCAUUUAUACCACAGAUGCUCGGUGUCGGGCAGAGAUCUUACCCUCACUGGGGCAGGAUCUACUAAGGGCGUGUCUCUUGCACGAGCCCCAUUAAAGUGGCGUUGCAGGAGAGAGUCCGACUAUGCUCUCGGCUGGCCAGCCCCAUUCAAGGCUGCUUGCAUCUGACAUACUCUGGUAGGUUAUGCCUGGGAAUUUUGAAGUCAAUUGCGGGGAAAGGGGUUUGCAGGAUAUACCUAGUGUCUUGUUGGCUGGGGAGGGGACAAACAUAUAUAGCUCUGUGACCUUUUUAAAAAUUCCUUUUGCAGCAUGCAAUAUACACACUAUUUAUUACAAAUAUUUUUAAAAAUAGAACGAUGGCUUGCAAAAGAAAGAAAGAAGUGGGGGCGGAGAAUGGGAAGUUGCCCAUUUAGUCAUGAGUUUUGGAAAGCGACCAGUUCGCCUCCACCCAGGCAGGCAGCAGAGGGUGAAGCUGGCAUUGCCGAGGGGUCCACAGAGGCCUUUUUCUCCAUUUCCCCCUCCCCGGUUUCACUUGCAAUGACUGUUGGGGGCGUCCCGGCCGGCCCCAGCUGCACUUCGUGGGGAAAAGACUCUGGGUCUUGCUUUUAACACUAGUGAUGUUUCAGCACACGGUGGGACACAGAGAGGCAAGGGCGCCCCCGUGUAGGGGUGUCGACAAGGGUGGAAAAACUACACUAUGCUGACUUUUUUCCUUAUUUAGAUAACUCAGACUGUUUACUAGAGACCUCCUUUUUAUUAUCAUCAUCAUCGAGUGCCAAUUAGUUGGUCCACUGUUCACAAAUGAACCCCCCCCUCCACACACACACCCCUCUUAUACUUCCUUUCUCAGCCCCUAUUGCAAACUUUGUUGCUGGUUGUUUCAAAUGCACACAAAAAAAAGAGAGAAAAACCCACCACCACCUCAAAAAGGAGGCACUAUUAAGGCAUCACUGUGUUCUUAAUGGUUUAGAUUUAGCCCCAAGCAACCCCCAAACUUUUAAAUACUCAAUAAAAGUGUUUUUAUGGUCA